UGUCCCCUGUAUCCAUGACAGUGUUGUUGUUGUUGUGAAGCUAAACUACUCAGUGUUAUGUAAACCUAACGAGCAUUUAGAUAUUAUUAACUUUUAGUAGCUCCUAUUAUAUAAACUUUAGUUCCGUAGUUUUAUAGUUUUUAUUCCCUGGACACAAAAUGAAGCCAAAGAUACCGCAGAGGGGUUUUAGCCAUAAAUCAGGCUAACACUGCAUGCUAACGGAGGUUAGCUAGCACAGGGAGUGCGGGAGCUGCUGAUCGGGACACAGCACUGAUUAUCGGAAUAUCGCGAUAUCGGAGCUUUUUGUCCAGUUCUCAGUAAUGUGAAGACGGAGAGGAUGCAGGAGCGGCGGCCGGAGGAGGAGAAGCGGCCGCGGUCACAGCUGAGACAGGAUGAUCUCCAGAUACAGCCGCAGAACCGUGAAGCAGAACCUGCACAAUUGUGGGGUUUUAUACACUGCCCUCGAUAAACACUUCCCACCCGAGGAGGCAGAGACAGAGAGCUCACCUCACUCAAGGGCACAACAGCAAACUGCAUCCACCAGGUCGGUGUGUCCAUCAGCGGUUGCCGUGGAGACGAGCAGGGCUUGGUCUGAGAUUGACAGUUACACGGGAACAGAAGUGAGCACUGAACGCAGCUCUGUCUUCUCCUGGGCUUAUGAUGAGUUUGAUAAAGCGGCAUCACGUCAGGUCCAGCUGCUGUUUGAGGAGAUCGACGAGGAGCUGUAUGAGGGGAGAGGAGGAGUGCAGCAGGAUGAGUGUAAACUGUGGACAUCCCGAUUCCCUCACCUGAGGAUUCUGGGAAAGCAGUUGGUGUGUCCCACAGAUGAAGGGUUCCAGUGGUUCUCCGCCUUAUCUCACAAUAGGAACUCGGGGACUCGCAUACAGAACACAGGCAAUGAGCUGUGUGUGCAGGGACACAGGGCUGCACUGUGUAUGGAGGUGACUCCUGACUCUGGUGGUGCUCAUCAGGACGAGUUACACAGAGUAGUAGAAGAAGAAGGACUGAUGGAGGAAUAUCUGGCUUUCGACUGGAGAGACCUUGAUGAUGAGUGUGUGUGUGUGAACAGGAGGACACACUCUUUGCCCCCUGUGUCACCAUAUCGCUGCAGGAGAGAGGCAGUGCUUGACUUCUUAUUUGAUGACGUGUGGCAGGAGCUGAUUGGCUGCAUGGAGGACCUUUUGAGGAGACUUUGGGAGGGCUGCAGCUCAGAUGAGGAGAAGAGUUCAGCAUCUCUCAUUCCAGCACAUCAUCAAUCCCAUAAUCCCUCAGGGCCGAAGUUCAGCACUUCCUGUACUCUGCCACGCCUCGGUCCCCAGCCACAGCAGACUCCUAACGUCUCGCAUACUCCGAGCACAAAGUUGAGGGGCUCAAAGUCGAGAUGGAAAUCCAAAAAGCAGAGAAAACCAUCUACUCCCAGUCGGGUAUGUGCCGGAUCAGCAGCAGUGCAGCAUCACACACUGAACGAGCUGAUUGUGGUUCAUGGUCUUCCUCUGCAGCAGCGCCACACAACUGCACCGGAGCAUGCUGCACAUAGUGACUCAGAGGAGAGGUUGACCCUCUCUAAGCCCCGCCCUCAUCGCUCUCUGGAACAUAGCCCUUCCCUUUUAACCCGCCUUCCUCCAUCAUCGCGGAGACGACCUCUCCCUCCUCGCACACUCCUCCCUCUGACACAGUCCAACACACCAGGAAACAUGGAGGACGUUAUCAGAGGGACACGACUAGCUCCAGCUGGUGAUCGCCUCUCUUCUUCUGCCAUGACUCUCAGCAGAAACACACUCCUCCCCCCAAUUGGCACUGCAGACAAAGAACAUACACACUCUGGACAUCACACACGCCUCUCUCAGCGCCAGAGAGCUCCUUCCAGUAGUGCUCACAGUUCUGUAGCAGAUGAAGCUGGCAGCCUGCUGGCCAUCUCCAGACCCACCACCACACACACCUUCAGGUCAGAUACACCUCAUCGCCGCUCUUUCACUGUUCUGGACAGCAGUGUGCCGGAAAGACCAGGCAGAGUCACAGUGGGCACAGAUUCUUUGGGUAUUGGUGUAACAGGGAUUAGCUUGGGUAUUAGCAGCUCUUCCUUGUUGGACCCAUUUACCACUCAUACACUUGACCACUCCCCCACUGAGGAUGGGGAGGAGCCUGAAGUUAGAGCCCCACCCCCUGCUCUGUUUGUUCCUGUGUCUCUCCGUUCACACAGCAGAGGAGGCAUGAUGACUCGAUGCAACAGGCCAGGACCUUAGAACACACACACACACACACACACACACACACACACAAAGCAGUUCUCAGCAGAUUUUUCUACAGUGUUUAUGUACUGUUAUUAUUAUUCUGAUAAUUAUUGUUGUAGUUGUUUCAUUUUUUAAAGUCCUAUUUUUGUACAACUGCCAAAGACAAUAAUGCACACACACACACACACACACACACACAAACACACACGGUGCCAUGUUUUUUCUGUAUACCUUUUUGGUUUCUGUGUGUUAUAAAUGAAACUAUAACAAACAAUACAUGUUACUACAUGUCUUAUAAACGUACUGGGGAUUUUUAUUAUGCUUUUUUAAUGAUGGUUGUCAGGAAAACUUUGUGAUUAAAAGCCUUAGUGCUGUAAGCCAUACCACACACACUUUAAUGUUUAAUUUGGUUAAUUAAUAUCGACACAUUUUAAUGAUGAAAUAAAGUUUUUUCAAAACUUG